AUGGAAGCCGUUCAAAGGAUAUACAAGAUCAAAGGGCGUAAAAAUACGAGUCCUUUGGCAAUUAGUGUAGGAGAUGUAAAAGACAUAUCACGUUUUGCCACGACCGACCAUUUGCCUCCCGGUUUGCUCGACUCACUUCUCCCAGGACCCGUAACAGUAGUGCUAAAACGAGGGGACUCGAGUAUCCUAGACAAGUCUCUAAAUCCUGGACUGGACAGCAUAGGUGUACGGGUGCCUGAUUCUAAUUUCAUUAGAUUAAUUUGCCGUGGUUCAGAUAGUGCUAUUGCCCUCACGAGUGCUAACCUCAGUGGGAAGCCCAGUAGUGUGGAUGUUAAAGACUUUGAAAACCUGUGGGCCCACUGUGCUUAUAUCUACAAUGGUGGCCCGAUUCCAUCGGGCCGUGCUGGGUCAACUGUGGUGGAUCUUACUAAGUUAGGACAGUACAAGAUUCUAAGGCCCGGAAGUGCCAAAGAGGAGACAGUUGCAAGCCUGAAGAGAUAUGGCCUUGUUGAAGAUAGCAAUUUUUCUUGA